AUCUGUGUUGUGAUUGGUUAUUGCGAAUUACUUUACUAUACAAACAGUUAGCGAUAUCAGAAUAUCUUUAGCACUUGACACUUUCAGGCAGGGGCGGACUGAUAACUCAUGGGGCCCCUGGGCAAUAGGGGAUCAUGGGGCCCCUGUGUCCUUGCCCAAACUCAAAAAAGCCUAUGGAAAAGGUACCAGGGGCAUCUCAUGGGGCCCCCUACUGACCCUGGGCCCUCGGGCAGUGCCCGAGUUUCCAAAUGGUCAGUCCGCCCCUGCUUUCAG